AUGCCUAACCGGCAAAAGAGGCCGAGGGCCGAGACACGGUGUGGAUGCCCUGCGAGGAUGUUACUCCGCAUGGACGAUGAAUCAGGACGUUGGCACGUUGCGUUCUUUUCAGACGCGCAUAACCACCACGUUCAUGAGUUGCGAUUUUCUUCCAUGCUCCCGGGCCAUCGGAGGAUGAGCGAAGCGGACAUCCAGCAGAUGAACGACAUGCGCAAAGGGGGCAUUGGCGUCUCCCGAAUCCACGGUUUUAUGGCGAGCUUGGCCGGCGGGUAUCAUAAUGUCCCGUACACAACAAGGGACAUGCACAAUGUAAAUGCGAAGCAACGAAGGGAGGGUGGCGUAGAUGCGGAAUCGUGCUUGAGGUAUCUCCGAGAGUGCAAGGCAAAUGAUCCCGCACUGUACUACAAGGAAGUCGUUGACGGUGAGGGCGUGCUGCAACACUUGUUUUGGUGUGACGGCACCAGCCAAAUUGAUUACCAGGUGUUUGGAGACGUGGUUGCGUUUGAUGCAACUUACAAGAAAAACGUUUACCUUUCACCUCUCGUAGUAUUCUCCGGUGUGAAUCACCACAACCAAACCGUUGUCUUUGCCGCUGCAUUGGUGGCAGACGAGAAAGAAGAGACAUAUGUCUGGCUGCUUCAGCAGUUGCAAACUUCAAUGAAAGGGAAGGCUCCUGUGUCCAUAAUAACCGACGGUGACAGGCAAAUGAAGUCUGCGAUCGAGCAAGUUUUUCCGGAGGCUCACCAUCGACUCUGCGCUUGGCAUCUACUCCGAAACGCCACGAGCAACAUUGGAAAGCCCAAAUUCACCAGGAUGUUUAGGGAUUGCAUGCUCGGCGACUACGAGGUCCGAACAUUUCAGAGAAAGUGGUUUGAGAUGGUUGAGAAAUUUGGAGUGGCCGAUAAAAGAUGGGUACAGGACAUGUACGAAAGAAGGCACAGCUGGGCCACAGCACACAUACGGGGAAAGUUCUUUGCCGGAUUUCGAACAACAUCAAGAUGCGAGGGCUUGCACGCUGUGAUAUCACGGUAUGUUAAGUCUCGAUACAGCUACACUGAGUUUUUACGUCAUUUCCAUCGAUGCUUGAUGUUCGUCCGCGCAAAGGAGGUGGAGGCUGAUUUCGAGUGCGCAAAGGGUGACCCUGUUAUGACCACCAACCUGAAACAGCUGGAGCGGAGUGCGGCCGACAACUACACUCAUGCGAUAUUCUAUUUGUUUGUUCCCAUUCUUGACAGGGCCUCUGCAAUGAGGGUGGUUGACUCUGAAGACAACGGUUCCUAUUUUAUUCACACCGUCUCUCGAUACGGCACUCCGGGGAAGGAGUGGCGUGUUGUUGCAACGUCUGAUACGAGGGAGGUCCGAUGCACGUGCAUGAGAAUGGAAUGUUUCGGGGUCCCCUGCGAACAUAUAAUUGCGGUGCUUGUUCUUAACAAUGUUCAUGAGAUCCCGAGGUCUCUGAUAUUACCGAGAUGGACCAAGGAUGCAAAACUUGUGGCGGUGGAGUCGAUGGGCGUGAUUUGGGAUUCUGUACAACUGACGCAACACUGGUGCCUGAUGGAUUGGUACCGGAAAGUGUGCAAGAUUGCAUGUCACAGCACCGAGAAGUUCUAG